AUGGCUAGCAGCUACCAGCGGCCUAACCAGCCAUUCAAUGGGGUAACUGUCACGCAAGAAGGACAGGAAGCGACAGUCAUAGUGAUAUUGCCAAAAUUGACUGAAAAGGGUAUCAAUAACAUGGCACAGCACUUGCGAUGGUUAAGCAAGCUUGCGCACACGCACAUCUCGCCCUUGAUAUCACACACUUAUUCCAAAGAAAGCUCAUGUCUUUCUCUCAAAUACUUUGUUGGAGACGCGGUGCAACUAUCCCAAAUCAUGGCCCGCUCUGCAGAGAAGAGCUCUGGAAAAGCACAUAUCACAGAGACAACCAUAAUAGGCUUGUUAUUGCAUGCUGCGGCAGCGCUGGGAUUUGUCUGCAAUCCGAUUCGCUCUCAGCUGAUGAAUAUUCCUCCACAGCAUCACUCCUUUCUCUCUCCAGACUUCAUCUUCAUUAAUGAACACACGAGAAUGGCUUCCAUCGUCGCAGUAGGAAUCUAUUGGAAUCUUCUGCAGCCAGAGGAUUCUAGAGACAUGAUGCCCACCAUUUCUUAUAGUCGCGAGAAAGAAGAUGUUCUGGUGUUAGGGAAGCUGAUUAAUAACAUCAUCAUGCAAUCAACUGGGUCCUACUCUGGGCUACUAAAGCGGAUUGUCAAUCUUAUGCUCAAUGAAGAUCCGCAAUCUCGACCGAACUUUGCUGAUCUAUAUAUUUUUCUCUCAUCACUAGUAGAACUACAACAAAAUCCUCAAUAUAAGCCUAAGGGUUCUACGGCACCACCAGAUGAACUGCAACCUCCUCGAGCUAUGCGGCGUGCAAGUACCCAAAUACCAGACUAUCAGCGCUCUCCGUCACCGACGUAUGAGAGAUAUACAUCAACUAUGCACCGAUCUAUAGAGGUACCCAAGACUUCUCGUUGUGUCCAAAGUCCCACAGAACAAUUCAGUCACACAGCACCCAUCAAGCGACCAGUAUCUGUCCUGCAGCAGGUAAUAAAGACUAGGAGCCAGUCAAGGACUAUGCAACCCAUCUUCCCACAGUCUUCUCCAAGUCUGCAAACACAACAAGCAGGCAAUCCAGUUAGUAAGAACAUGAAGGUUACUAGAAAAUGCAAUCCGCUCUUCGAAGCAGUGGAGUCUAAUGACAUUGGCGAAGUGCGCCGUUUGAAAGAGCUGUUUGCACGGGGAACAGAUGCUUCGGGGAAUACUGCACUCAUAAGGGCCUUACAACUUCGUAAUACAGACAUUGCCAUGGAGCUCCUUCCCUUAGAAUAUCAGAAACGGAACAGCAAGGGCCAGCUGCCUCUAAUGGUUUCUUUAAUAGAGAAGAUGGAUGCAGUUGCCGUCGAGCUACUCCUUAAUUACGAUGAGUUCUAUGGCACAACAGACGAUAAGGGGAACACAGCAUUGAUGUAUGCAGUCAUGAGCCACUUUAAAAAGGCGGUAGAGGUCCUUGCAGUACACGAGCACAGCAUUCCAAACAAAGAAGGAACAUAUCCUAUACACGUUGCCAUAAAGCAUGGAUUUAUUGAUCUAGCGCUAUAUCUCUUAGAAUAUAAUAGUGAUGUACUAGAUAGAGAAUACAGGACCCUUUCUGAAUACUGUGAUCUUUACAAUUGUCCACUAGUGAAAGAUAGACUUCUAACCAUUAGCAAGCGAGCAUCUAGCGCACCUUCUGAUUACACAGCCUUAAUGGUGGCUGCUGGCUUGAACGAUAUUGACGAUCUAUACAGGUAUCUUCCCUCGCAUGUAGGUAUGCGGCAUGCAUCUGGGGAAACAGCGCUUAUGGUGGCCAUCCGAAAGAACCAGGUGGAUGCCAUGCGAGUACUCCUUCCAUAUGAGUUUCACCUUCCGGACAAAACCGGCCACUUCUUCAUGUACCAAGCAGGGUUAACAGGCUCGCGGCAGCUUAUCAAGUGUGCACUGGACUCUUUGUUCACUGAUGCCAUGCUUAUGUGUUUGCAGUUUGAUGACAAUCUAAGUGAGAUUGCGAUAGAGCUACGAGCCAUGAUAGAGGAGGCCUUGGUUUCCAACGACCAGGAUCUCUUACGAAAUUGCAUUCAAGAUCUUGAUAGCAUAAUUAGUCACCAAGUAGAAACCGGAGCCAUAGUCACGUACUAUGACGAUCUUUGGGUCGGUCCAUCCACCCCACUAUUGAUUCCAGACUCUGCAGUGCAUCUGGGAGAAGCAGAUUUGGACAUCAACGCCUUGAAUGUAUCGAAUUCAGGUGUAUAUGCAGAGGCAUCGACCAGUUCACAGCUAACUGAGCAAGUCAUUACAAGUAGGUUAAGGCUCUCCAAACCUUCGUAUGCGUCUAACGUUUUUAAGGACGCGAAGAGUGUCACUUCAUCUAAGCCAAGUAGGCUAGGUCGUCGCUCCUCGAGCAGCCUUGCACUAUCGUCUACUGUCCAGGUCAAUGACGUUUCUAAACCAGCUAGUAAGGUCUCUACUGUGAUCAACGGGGAUUCGCAUGAUCCCUCGUCCUCGACUGGUUUGUCAGCAGAAAGAAAGAAAGCUAAAACACUACUAACAGCAAGUACGGUUGGAUUUAAGGAUCUCUCCGAGAGUCUCCAGUCAUCUUCAGCAACCCUUUUUUCCACAGACAUAAAUGAAUACGGUAACACCCCGUUGACAUGCUCUGUGUUGAACAGCGAUGUUGACUCCGUAAAAAGUUUCGCCAAAAGGUAUGCAUGCUCUCUCAAUAACAAAGGUGAGACCGCACUCCACACGGCUCUUCAGUUACCCAACAAUUCUACUACCGUAGAAAUGGUGCGCAUAUUGGCACCACUAGAAUGGAAUGUUUCUUCAUCAAAUGGCACAUAUCCCAUCGAAUUGGCCGCCAUCAGGAUGCUCCGUGAGGCAUUUCUCAUAUUAGUAGAGCACGACUCCCGCUACUCGGCUGAAUCAGUCAAGGCCAUCAAAAAAGCAAUAGAUGAAGGUGACACAAAGACUGUGAAAAGCCUUGUCUGGUCUAAGCAGAUGUAG